GGUCGCGAGAGCAGGGUGGACGUUCGUGCACGCAGUUCCACUCCUACGGUGAGCGCCUCAGUUCUUAGAAAGGAGCAUGGAACGACACUCUUCAGGGCUAAGGUGGCAUCAGUACACGUCGUGAGGCCAGAGAAAGGAGGCCAGUACUCCAAGCACAUCCGGGGUGUAACUCGUUCCCCAGGCCCAGUCGGAUUAUCUUGGAGCCCCCGGAAAAGCGGCCACUUGGACGUCUUAGAGAGGAGACAGGCCCACAGCCCAGGCUGGUCAUGAAGAGUGACCUCUCGACAUCUGCAGCCCCCCUCAAGGGCGUGGGGGGUCCCCUGAGGAGCAGCGAACCAGUUCGCAUCGUCCCAGCCCCGUCACCGGCCGUGGUUCUGCUGGAGGAGGCGGCCGACCUCUUGGUGGUGCACCUGGACUUUCCAGCGGCGCUGCAGACCUGCGAGCGAGCCUGGCAGAGCCUGGCCAACGGUGCCCUGGCGGACGAGCCUACGGGCACCUUCUCGGAGGUGAAAUGCUCCCUAUGUGUUGUGGGGAUCCAGGCCCUGGCAGAAAUGGAUCGGUGGCGGGAAGUCUUGUCCUGGGUUCUUCAAUAUUACCAGAUCCCUGAAAAGCUGCCCCCCAAAGUCCUGGAGUUGUGUGUUCUUUUAUACAGCAAAAUGCAAGAGCCUGGAGCCAUGUUGGAAGCGGCCAAUGCCUGGCUCCAAGACCCAGACAAUCUGGGCCUUCCAGAAUACAGAACCUUGGCAGAACUUCACCUGCAUCGAGUGCUGCUGCCUCUGGGUUACUUGUCGGAGGCUGAGAAGCUAGUGGUGGACCCUGCAGCCUUCAGUGAGGAACAGCGGCUGGAUGCGCUCCAGGCCAUUAGCACAGCAAGGCAACAGCAGAAACACGAACAUUCUCACUCUGAGGAGAACCAGAAGCUAAACCAGGAAGGCUCCUUCUCUAACAAGUUUCUGUCACUACUGAUGUUGCUUCGCCGACUUUGGGACUCCACAGUGAGCCACUUCUUUGCCCUGCCCUUCAGAAAGAGCCUCCUGGCUGCCUUGAUCCUCUGCCUCUUGGUGGUGAGGUUUGAUCCAGCUUCUCCUUCUUCACUGCCCAUCCUCUGCAAGCUGGCUCAGAUUUUCCACUGGAUCCGGGAGGCCAUGUUUUCCUCCUUCUACCAGCUCCCCAUCCAUGACUGAGUGGCCUUCCUCAUUCACUUCAGCCUCUCUUCUCCCCAUGGCAGAGUAACUCAUCCAUGGUAGCCAAUUUCCUGUUGCUGGCUGGACCCCUACAGGAGUUGGGCCAGCCUAAUUCUCAAAGAGCUGAUGCUGUCAUAUGAACUGUGUCUUGCUGCCUGAAUGCUCUCUCCUUUGCACCCACUUUAGCUGGUGUUGGUAGGUCAUAUGGAAACAAAGAUGGGCCACAGGGCACAAGUCCUCUAGACCAGUCCUCCGUUGUACCCAGAGGACCCUCGUAAAGGAAGAGUUUGGGGAUGGAGAAUGAGACCAUGAAACAUUCCAUCUUUUUGGCAAAGGCAAGGGGUUAAUUUUCAGGUUGGUAUUGAUGAAGUUGGACGUUUAGAAAAAUCUCUAUGAAGUGAUCCUUGGCCUUUUACUUUCUGGAAAAACUUACCUCUAAAAAUCACCCCCUGGGGCAGGCCUUUAAUUAGGCAGAGUGCGAUCUGAGAGGGCCUCUUUUUUCUCUUAUGCUCCUCUCCACAGAUCUGUUGUUUAUCAUACGCCAUUCCCAUGGUUUUGCAAUGGACUUGGAGACGCUUAGGCCUGCUGUAUGUUCAGACCAGAGCAUGGCUUUCAGAACCACCCAAGUGACUACUGAAAAUAAAGUGAGGCUGCUCCAUUCUUACUGGGUAAAGUGAUCUUGCUUGGUGCUGCUUGGGCUUCAGCUCAAUUUUCCAGGUUGUCAGUGGCCAAGCCCUGCCCUGUUAAACUGAGUAUCACUUCACUCU